AUGUUCGUCCUCCUGGACGCUAUCAGGACAAGGGCACCAUGCGCAGCUCGCUUGAGCCGGCUGUAUAGCACGGCUGCAGCGCCGUUGAUCCAGCGGGUGUCGACCAGGAAUCACCGGAACCUGGCGCUCAUCCGGCAGGACCUCCAAGCCACCCCAGGCACAAACAUAGGCUCAGGCAAGGGUUCAGGCAGGGGCCAAGGAUCACGGCGCGGCGGCAACCGGACACACGGCGCGACGGGCAGCCGGAAGAAGUAUGCGCUGUUCGGGGCGCUGGUGGACGAGCGGAUGACGAGCGUGCUGGAGGAGCUGGGGCCAUGGCAUCCAGAGCACCAUGAGUACCUGUCGUUUGGGCUGAACAGCCAGAAUGACGUGGACCGGCAGGCGAAGCUGUACCGGGCGGCGCUGGGGCAGAGCCUGCGGCUGGCAGCAGCCAAAGGGCUGGUGUCGCGGCAGGACAACGCCCUGUUCUGGAGCCUGCGCAACGCGUUUGUGCGGCGAGACGCAGCCGGGCUGCAGCGAGAGCUUCGCUACGGCUUCCAGAGCUUCGCGCUGCGGUCACAGCAGCCAAAGGCGGUGGAGACGUUGCAGGAGGGCCUGGCCGACUUCCGGUACCCGUACGAGUGGUUUCCGGCAACACGCAGCAUGCAGCGGACGAUCCAUCUGCACGUGGGCCCGACCAACUCGGGCAAGACAUAUCAGGCGCUGCAGGCGUUGGAGCGGGCACGCACAGGAAUCUAUGCCGGGCCGCUGCGGCUGCUAGCACACGAGAUCUACACGCGGAUGACGGCCAAGGGCCGGGCGUGCGCGCUGAUCACGGGCGAGGAGCAGCGCAUCCCCGAAGACGGCGACUCGUUCUUCCAGAGCUGCACGGUCGAGAUGACACCGCUCAACAAGCGGGUCGACGUGGCCGUGAUCGACGAGAUCCAGAUGAUGGCCGACGAGGACCGCGGCUGGGCCUGGACGCAGGCCCUGCUGGGUGUACAGGCCCGUGAAGUGCACCUCUGUGGCGAGGACCGAGCAGUCGACCUCGUGCGUGCUCUCUGUGCCCGCAUGGGCGACAAGUGUGUCGUGCACCGGUACGAGCGGCUCAGCGCGCUGCAGACCAUGUCCAAGAGCCUGCGCGGCGACUUUGGCAAUCUGCGCAAGGGCGAUGCCGUCGUCUCCUUCUCGCGCGUCGGUCUGCACACGCUCAAAUCCGGCAUUGAGAAGAUGACUGGCCGUCGCUGCGCCAUCGUCUACGGCUCGCUGCCGCCUGAGACCCGUGCCCAGCAGGCUGCCCUGUUCAACGAUCCCGACAACGACUACGAUUUUCUCGUCGCCAGCGAUGCCAUCGGCAUGGGCCUCAACCUCGAGAUCAAGCGCGUCAUCUUUGAGACCGCCACCAAGCACGACGGCAUGUCCUUUCGCCACCUGACCGUGUCCGAGAUCCGGCAGAUUGGCGGCCGCGCUGGCCGUUUCCGAACCGCCUCUCAGGCCGUCAAGACCGCCGCAGCCGUUGCCAGCACUCCUGCCACCACGCCUGCCACCACGCUCGCCAAGCGCUGGGGCACCCCCGGCUAUGUCGCCACGCUCGAAGACGAGGAUCUCAGCGUCGUGCAAGGCGCCUUUACUACCAAUGCCGAGCCGCUGCAGUGGGCUGGCAUCCAGCCGCCGACGUUUGCCAUUGAGCGCUUCGCCCGCUACUUCCCGCCCGAGACGCCGUUCAGCUUCAUCCUGCAGCGUGUCCGCGAGCUCUCCCGCAUCUCCGGCCGGUUCCGCCUCUGCACGCCCAACGAGAGCCUCGACGUGGCCGACAUCAUCCAGCCGUUUCCCCUCAGCAUCUACGACCGCUGCGUCUUCAUCACCGCCCCUUGCGCCCUACGUGACCCCGGCCAGAAGGAGAUUAUCGCCGCCAUGGCCCGCUGCGUCUCCCAGAUGAGCGGCGGCCAUCUGCUGGACAUUCCCGAGCUCAACCUCGAGAUCCUCGACGCCUCCCGCGACGACUACCACCUGGGCCACCAGCAGUACCUCGCCCGCCUCGAGGCCCUGCACAAGGCCAUCACUCUGUACCUCUGGCUCAGCUACCGCUACGUCGGCGUCUUUGUCAGCCAGGACCUCGCCUUCCACGUCAAGAGUCUGGUCGAGGACAAGAUCACCGAGUACCUCGAGAACCUGACCUUUGUGCCCGAGCGCCAGCAGCAGCGCGCCAAGACCCUCCGACAGCUCGCAAACAGGAACGUGCGCAGCACGGCCGAGAAGGGCCUCCUUGGCGACGACGACAACCAGCCGCAAAGGAGUAACAGUAACAGCGGCAUUGAAGCCCAGGGCAAGCCUGCCGACAGUACGGCCGUCGCUGCCGAGUAG